AUGGGUUGGUUCGAGGGACUGACAACCUCGUCUGUCCGCCGACGACGUUCUCCUUCUCGUCGAUCUACAUAUUCAACUCAUCAUUCCCGUUAUUCGGCACCUUCAAUCUUCAGUUUCGGUGGUGGCAGUCGCUCCGGUCGAUCAAGCCCAUCAGUCUUCUCUUCAUCCUCGCGCCGGGCCCGGCCUCGAUCGGGCUUUAUUCAGCGUGUAGUCCAUUUCAUCAAACGUUUAUUCCGGGACAUUUCCAGCUAUGCUCGCCGUCACCCAUUUAAAGUUCUUCUCCUGGUUGUUGUACCGCUUCUUACCAGCGGUGUGUUGCAGAAAUUGUUUGCUAUGAUUGGAAUUCGUCUGCCUCGGAACCUUUUGGGAAGCCUAGGUGGACAAUCCUCACAAGGUGGUGGUGGAGGAGGAGGAGGAAGUGGUAUGGCAGAGAAUAUCACUGGGCUGAUGAAUGUUGCAAAAAUGUUCAUGUGA